UUGAACCAUGGUCAGCCUGCAAAUAGGGUGGAAUACCAAACACAUGGCGCAGACUCAUUUCAAGGGUCACAGUGGCAUGACUGGAGUCAGGUGAUUUGGAAUAUUAACACCCAAACCUGGGAAAAACUGCCAUUGGGAGAGUGGCAUCCCGAGAGGAAGUCAGAGGUUGAAUGUUGUACAUCUUCUGGGAGUGGGUCAGGGCAGCGGUGUGUGCCAUGUGGCCUCCCUCACUGUGGGACCAACGCUUCAGCUUCUGGCAGGAGUCCCAAGUCUGGCGGAGGCCCUGCCUUGGACGUAGAGUUCUUCUUGUGCCCAUGCCUGAGGACAGACCAAGGCGGCAUCCGUGUGUGGAGCUGGAACUUACAACCCUGAGAUCAAGAGUCACCUGCUCUGCCGACUGAGCCAGCUGGGGCCCCGUACUGGAAUAGCUCCACAUGGCUUCCAAAGACGUGACCGUUACAGUUCGCCUCAUUCGUUCAUUCGAGCAUCGCAAUUUCAAGCCUAUAGUAUAUCAUGGAGUUGAUUUGGACCAAACUACAAAGGAAUUCAUAGUAUUUCUAAAGCAAGAUAUUCCUUUAAGGACCAGCCUGCCACCACCAUUCAGAAAUUAUAAAUAUGAUAAAUUAAAGAUUGUUCAUCAGGCACAUAAAGCAAAGACCAACGAGCUUGUGUUGAGCCUGGAAGACGACGACACGCUCAUGCUGGAAGAAGACUGCACGCUGCGAGCUGCGGGAAUUGCUCAUGAAACUGAAAUUGCAUUCUUCUGUGAAGAAGAUUAUAAGAACUACAAAGCUAAUCCCAUUUCAUCCUGGUGAAAACCUCUUGGGGGCUCUCUUUUUGCAUACCUGUAUUAAGCUCUUUAUUCCACUAGUGAGUUUUGGAAAUUGACAAAUAAACUUAAAAAUUAAUCUCA